AUGUCAAUCGCAUUUCAUUGAUUCCGGCUCUCACAUUAUGAGGCGCAUCCAAACCCAAUCUUGCCAAGCACAUGGCGUUCUACAUUUCGUAUUCAACAACCACCAGCCUACUUUCAAACGAAAGUCACCCCUCAUCUCCUAACUUCCAUCCAGCCUGACCACCUUCACAACACCACAGGCCAACAAAGAAAACGCAGCACCAUGCCACCCAACUCCACCUACUGCCGCAACCUGUACAGCAUCCCGCACACCAACCCCGGAAGCGCCAUCUGGGGCUUCGCCAUCCCCUGGCUCACCGCCCUCUGCUUCGCCCUCGCCGCCAUCAGCUCCGCCUCCGACGCCGCCUAUCUCGCACUCGUGGCCGACGACUCGCCCUGCAAAGAAGAACGCCAACCGCCCGUCCCCUCCAGCACCGCGAAAACCAUCGCCGCCAUCGCUACUUCCGUCGCCCUCCUCCCCGCCGUGCUCACCUACGCCAACCAGAUCCUCGGCCUGCUGGAGCUCGACGCUUGUCGGUCCCCCGCGGCGCGCGAGCACUAGUGGUUCACGCUCGUGCCUGGCGCGGGGGAGCCGUGGGGCGCGACGGGCUUCUACCUUGGGAUGCCGCUCUUCGUUGCUGGUGUGGCGUGGCUGAAGACGGUUGUGAACGUCGUGGUGGACAGGCGCGGCGUGUAUUAUGAUGAUUGGCGGUGGCAUCCUUAUUUGGGGCUACAUAUCGUGAUGGGUGUGUCGUUUGCGCCGUUCACGAUGGUGGUCUUGGGGGUGUAUGCGGUGGGGUUGCUGGUGUUGGGGACGGGGUGGAGGGGAGUGUGGAGGAGGUGUGGGAAGGUUGUGGGGUUUGUGUGGUGCUUGAUCAGGGAUACGCAGGAGGCGGCGAGGAGGAUGAGGGUUGCGCUUGGGAUGG